AUGAGCGAGGAUCAGCUCUUCGAUUCCGAGUCAGAGGAGCUGACGUUUCUGGAUUUUUACGAUGGCUGUGAAAGAUAUCAGUACAAUAUUGUCACAACCAGCGAUGAAAUCAACAGACAUAUACUCAACGGCCAGGCUGACCCACUUUGUCGUCACGUAUUUAUCACCGCCAACAGCUCACGAGGCCCGUUGAAGUGUUCUCGGGAGAGUCUAUGCAAAAUUUUGAGCUACCACCAGACGCACGCCUACUUUGUCGAUUGCAUCUCUACCUUUGGUGCUACGGAGGAUCCCUUGGAUUACUCCCUCGUGAGCAUGUACUCUGAUGAUACAUUGCACCUUGCGGAAGAGCGACUCCUCCAUAUUCCGCGGCUCAACCGCUCGGGUCACGAUAUUCAACUCUCUUAUAUCUUGCGGUCCGUGGAGAAAUCAGAACAAUGGGAAAAAGAUAAGUUGGAAGGCAAGUGGCAGUGGAAGAUUCGACAAAUGGCGGUCCACCAUCAAUUUGACGUCAAGACAGGGCGGGCGUUGUGGAUCACAAUCAAAGCCAACGGCUUGAUGGAGGAUAGGGUCAAAAGCUUACCUUGGACGUGCUCGCAGGAUGCCGGCGGACGUGUUGAUGCGGCGGAACAGUUCGUCGCAACACUGAGAACGCAACUGAUCUUCUUAAUGUGGUCAGAUGACAACUGGCGCCAUUGCAUCAACGACAUUGAGGAACAGAUACGGGACAUUUUAAAUAAGGCAAAGACGGCAAGAAUCGAGGACGACCAAGAGCCCAAGGACAUCCCCAUGACCAUUGCUAAAAAACUGUCCCGCCGGGGAUCCAAGGGUUGGAACGGCGAAAAAGAUGAGGGGCCGCCUACGAGCAGAAAUUGGACUUUGCAUUGGUUACUGCAUAGUCCACGUCGGAAAGCGGCAUCAGCGGCAACGCAGCUGCUACAAAAGGUGGAUAAGAGAUAUAGGACACCUAUGCGUGCUACCAGUCAAAGCGAGCAGAUGUCCUCGGAAGCCUCCCCGCUCCCAGCGUCAAACUUCCGGUCGCGGCGAAGAGGGCAAACGAUAACGAUGCCAAUUCCGAUAGCCAUGCCCGGCAGCUUCGGAAUCUGUCUGUCCUUGGGAAAUUCACGUUUGACCAAUCCCAAAAGCUCUUUGAUGUGGGAGAGCGACUGGAGGAAAUGA